UUUCCAUCUGCGGCUAAUUUCAGUGCGGUACACUUCAAUUUGUUUCGAUAGAGAUAGAAUUUUCAAGUUCACGAAACCCGACCAGCCAUUCUUGUUUCGGUCUCGAGCUCGUCGCGUCCGCUGCGCUUGACGCUCGUUUAUUUUGUUAUGCGAUGUCGGGAGUGAAAGGAGUUCUGUAACGCACGAGUGUUUUCAUUAACCGUACUGUUUACAGCAUGAUUGUGUAAGCUGGACUAGACUAAUGUCUGUUAUUUGUUGAACGAAUUAUCAAGAAAACGUAAACAUGGUGCAGGAAUUCGUGUCUCCCGUGAGGGUCCACAAGUUCCCAUUCGAAAUGGUUAUGGCUGCAUAUGAGCGGCGGUUUCCGAACUGCCCGCAGAUCCCCGUAGUCCUCGAGUGCGCGAUCACGGAAGACAGCUGGUCCGAGGACGACUCUCAGCGAGACACCUCGCGCCGAUGCCAGCUGAAUGUCGAUGCGCCUUAUCUCUUGAAGAAGAUGGUCGGCGUCGACUACAUCUAUUUCAUCCAGAAGAACCACCUGGACCUGAAGGCGCGAGUGCUGGAGAUCGAGGCCACCAACGAGUCCUUCGCCAACAGGGUUGUGGUGUUGGAGAAAUGCCGAUAUUACGUACACCCAGAGAACCCGAACUGGACGUGUUUCGAGCAGAGCGCCCAUCUCGACGUGACGAACUUCUUCGGGCUGGAGAGCACCGUCGAGAAGAUCGCCAUCAAGCAGUACUCGGCUAACAUUACCAAGGGCAAGGAGCUGAUCGAGGUAUUCAUGAAGGGCGUUGAGGCCGACGGCAUCAAAGACCUCCAGCCUUGGAACCCUGACGACCCGGCACACAACAGGGAACUCAGGCGCAUUGUCUCCAGAAAUACCGAGCCUCUGUCACCGAGGACCACGACCGAGCCGCAGCGACAGCCUAAACCAGACCAAUACACGCUCGACAGCGAGUACAUCAAGCGAUACCUCGGAGAACUGACGCCGAUGCAAGAGUCCAGGCUUCUGCAACUCAGGAAGUGGAUCGCUGACUUGCAGAAGGGGAAGGUACCAUCAGAUACUACACUCCUCCGCUUCCUCCGCGCCCGUGACUUCAACGUGGAGAAGUCCCGCGAGAUGCUCUCCCAAUCCCUGCUCUGGCGCAAGCGGCACCAGGUCGACCGUAUCCUGUCGGAGUACGGGACGCCGCAGGUCGUGGCGCAGUACUUCCCUGGUGGAUGGCAUCAUCACGACAAAGACGGACGUCCGCUAUAUAUCCUCCGACUCGGUCAGAUGGACGUCAAGGGCUUGCUCAAGUCCGUCGGAGAAGACGGCCUCCUGAAGUUGACGCUUCACGUGUGUGAAGAGGGCCUCAAACUCCUGGAAGAGGCCACCCGCUCCUCCGAGCAUGCGGUCCAGUCCUGGUGCCUCCUGGUAGACCUGGACGGCCUCAACAUGCGGCACCUGUGGAGACCUGGAGUCAGAGCUUUGCUGAGGAUCAUACAGAUCGUUGAGGCGAACUAUCCUGAGACUAUGGGACGGGUGCUCAUUGUGAGAGCUCCGAGAGUCUUCCCGAUUUUAUGGACGAUUGUCAGCACGUUUAUAGAUGAGAACACCCGCAGCAAAUUCCUGUUCUACGGCGGCAAGGAUUACCUGCAGCCGGGCGGCUUGCUCGACUACAUCCCCAAGGACCUCAUACCGGACUUCCUCGGAGGGCCUUGCAAGUCGGACAUAGUAGACGCCUCAAUGAACGUGCCGCAUCAGUAUUACGACUACAGUUUCGUCCACGAAGGAGGCCUGGUGCCGAAGAGUUUGUACGUGAGCGGCGCCUUCACCGAGCGCGACGGGGACCCGCUGUGCGAGGACAGCAUCUACCGCUCCGUUAGCCUUGGGAAGGGCCAGGUACAUGAAGUUAUUGUGAACAACAAAGAUCCACAGAGCGUUCUGACCUGGGACUUCGACGUUCUCCGACACGAUAUAGCGUUCACCGUGUACCGCUCGCCACACGACCUGGAGCUCGACGAUCCCACAGUGGUUUGCACCGGCGCCGGCACAGGGACUGAAGAAGGCCGCUCGGCGCUCGCGCGGCAGGACUGGCGCGAGGGGGAACAUUUCCACAAGGUGGAGCACACACUUAUCGCACACGACGGAGAGAGCAUACAGGGCUCGCACGUGAUGCUGGAGCGCGGCUGCUACGUGCUGCAGUGGCGCUGCGAGCUGCUCGACCACGCGCCGCGCGCGCAGCUCAUGUACUUCCACGAGACGCUCGCCUCGCACCACUACAAGGGCUCGAUGUCCAGCCUGCAGUCCGGCGCGUCCGGGUUCUCGUGCCUCAGCACCAAGUCCGCCGCCAGCUCCUGCCCCUCUCGGUGAUGCGACGUCCCCCCCGCCCCUAACGCAGAGGAGGCCUAGGCACGCCAGGGGGCGUUCACCUAACGUGUGCCGAGUACAAACGCGAUAUCAAACUCGUUAGGUACUUAUUUCUGCUUGAUCUCCCGCAGUAACGCGACAAAGCGCCAGCCGUGGACCCUGACAGUGACACACACGGGGGAGUUUUAAGUACCUCUCCAUUUAGAGCGAACGUUCGUUGACUCAAAUGGAGCCUACGGUAUUACUUAAUGUGUUUCUUAUACAAAAAUGAAUUUUAUAGUAUAAGUUUCUUUCUGCUGGGAACCACCAGCCGGG